UAGGUGGCGACAAACGCCUAAAAUGUUGGAAACAGAAACAGAAGAAGCCUAGCAUCACAACAACGCUGCUCGUAACGUUAGCUCAAAGAAGAGCGGAGUGAAUUUUUUCUGCUAAUUGGGAACAUAUUAACAGGUACGCUGGAAUUUUCUGACACCCACUCGGACAUGUCCUAUGUCUUCAUCAACGACUCGUCGCAGACUAACGUGCCUCUGCUGCAGGCCUGCAUUGAUGGAGACCUGCCUUUCGCCAAGAGGCUCCUGGAGACGGGAUGCGACCCCAACAUCCGAGACAACCGGGGCCGCACCGGCCUGCACCUAGCCGCCGCGCGAGGGAACGUGGAGAUCUGCCGACUCCUGCACAAGUUCGGCGCCGACCUCUUGGCGACUGAUUAUCAAGGAAACACAGCUCUGCAUCUGUGUGGUCAUGUGGACACUAUCCAGUUCCUGGUCUCCAACGGGCUGAAGAUCGAUAUCUGUAACCACAAUGGCUCGACCCCUCUGGUGCUGGCGAAGAGACGCGGCGUGAACAAGGACGCCAUCCGUCUGCUGGAAGGACUGGAGGAGCAGGAGGUGAAGGGCUUCAACCGAGGAGCGCACUCUAAACUGGAGACCAUGCAGAUGGCCGACAGCGAGAGUGCGAUGGAGAGCCACUCCCUGCUCAACCCCAACCUGCAGAGCAGCGAGGGCGUCCUGUCCAGCUUCAGGACCACGUGGCAGGAGUUUGUGGAGGACCUGGGCUUCUGGAGGGUCCUGCUGCUGCUGGUGGUCAUCGCCCUCCUCUCCCUGGGCAUCGCCUACUACGUCAGCGGAGUCCUGCCUUUCUCCAGCAGCCAGCUGGAGCUGGUCCACUGAGCGAGGGGGCGACGGAGAAGCACGGGAGUAAAAUACACGAGAGAAGUUCUCUUCAUACCAGAACAGAAAUCCAGAUUUUUUCUUUGUUCAUUUGCAGCCCAGAUCUGGUCUUCAUCUCGGUUACCUAAACAGGGAAACAUCAUAUGGUAUUGUUAGUAAAGCAGUGAUCCAAAAGAACAAAACUCACUUUCAUAAUUCAAACAACUUGAGGUGAUGAACAGGAAGUGUCUCAUGUGGUACUGAGAACAUGUGUUGAAGUAUUGUGUAAUAUAUCCCCUUUAAAAUGACAUCCGCGUUGAAGCUGCUUUUAAAAUAGUGAGAGUGAGAAAAUAUAAUGCUCUUGUUUUGUUUUAAUGCAGUUCUAGAAAGACUGUCCUUUUCAUUUCAUUCAUACUGUAUGCUCUGUUACAAGCUGUUUAUUGCCAACAUUUUGUAUCUUUUAUUUUCCUAUUUUCCUAUUCUUUUAACCAUGUUAUUUAUCAAUUAUGUUCUGUAUUUUGUUCUGCAUACUGUAUGUUUUUCUUGCUUUCUUCGCCAAUUCCCAGUUUGAUCCAUCUCCUGUUCCAGCUGUAGACCGUUUAGUUGUGAUAACUGAAAGUGUUGCAUCGUCUGCGUACGUAGAAAAGCACCUUGACUGUGUGCCUUUGUGAGAGAAAGCUUCAUGUUCCACGAUGAAGACAUUCCCGUCAGAAGCAUGCGGCUGUGUUGCAUUAAUAUCUGCCCUGCUGUUGUAAACAUCAUAUAUAGGCACACUGUUUAUGAACUGUAGGGUGAUGGCAGCAGAUUAUUACUUGUUUUGUUGUAUUUUCAUUUUAAUGUUCUUUGUAAACCAUGUUGAUUUGAUUUGUUGGAGCUUUUCCACCCGUCGAUUUACCGUGAACAGUAACACAUUGGAAGUAAAUCCUAAUUUAAUGUGGAAACAUAAUAAAAUAAUUAACAAGAUGA